AUGGCGGACAAGGCGAAGGAGCUUGAGGCCUGCAAAGCUGCUGCGAAUAAUUAUCGCUCGCGGCUGCAAGAUGCCACGACUCAAGAUGACGCGCUCGACGCAGCUAUUGGCAUCGCUGAACAUUUGAUGAAAGCACUCAAGCUCUCUUCGAAUCCAGAUGAAAGGAGGGAGCUCAAGGCACAGUGCGGUGAAAUUAUGACCGUGGCGGAUCACAUCAAAAAGUCCCCCAAUUGGACUCCCUCGGCUCAGCAACAGCCUAAAAGCGUCAAGAACACACGCAUCGAUCAGUGGGCAAAAGACGUGGCCGGUACUGGAGGCUCUGCAACCACAUUCGAAGACGAUAUCUCACAGUCGAGCUCUUCCCGUCAUGGUCUCUCCUCAGCCACUGCGCCUGUCGGAAACGUCGGCGCAUCCACAGGUAAAUUCUUAUCUUCAUCUGUAGCAGCGGUCGUCCAGGACCAAAACGUUUUCCCUUCCAUCUCGCCAAUAAGCAAUGAUGAUACACCUGCUAUGUUGAUAGAUCUUUCCGAGGAUAAUGAGGCUUCUUCCGCAAGAUACACACCAAGCGCGCCUGCUGAUACACGAGAUGAAGGUAGCUCCAUGAUCGCAACUGCGGAAACGACAGAACCUGAUCUACCCAGUAAUUUCGGCCUCAAGUCAAACAUGGCAUCACAGUCGCCAGUACUUCAGGUCCAGCCGACCCCCGUUAAAGCCAAUGCUGCGCCUACAUCACCUUCAGUCGCACCCUACUCUCAAAUACGUAGGCUAGUCGAGCCAGUCUCGAGUAGGAAACGAUCCAAAAGAGAAGACAUAAUCCUACUCAAAGCCUCCAUGGUCAACGGUUUCAAGUGCCCCCCAUGGGACAAGACCCCUGGUUCAGACGAGUUCUUAGCAACGCAAGGGGCUGAGCCGUUCUCUGAUACGCAUGAGCUCAGCCUAUCGCCAUAUCAACAACAGUUCUUCAAGGGAUGGGUGCGUGCUCAGCAAGCGAUCCCUCCACCUUCAAUGUUCUCAGGUGACCGCAGCGGCAUUGGUCCGUUAAUGAGUAGCUCACGGUGCAUCGAUCUUGUUCAAGACGCUGCAUCGGAUUGCUCAGUAGUAGCAAGCUUAUGUGCGAGUGUCGCACGAUCCGAGCGUGGGCACGAUCAAAAGAUGCUGUCAAACAAAAUUUAUCCAUUUGACAAGCAGCUUGGAAAGCCUGUUCCGUCUUCGAACGGAAAAUAUAUUGUACGCCUCAAUUUCAACGGUUGCUGGCGCAAGGUCGUGAUAGACGACCGACUGCCGGUUUCGAACACGCACAGAUUACUUCACGUUAUCGAUCGUCGCAAUCCAGCGCUACUAUGGCCAGCACUACUCGAGAAGGCUUACUUGAAAAUCCGAGGAGGUUAUGACUUUCCUGGUAGCAACUCAUGUAGUGACCUCUGGACAUUGACAGGAUGGAUCCCGGAGCAAGUGUUUCUGCAAGAAACAGAUACGGUUCCUGACCAACUUUGGAGUCGUAUAUAUAACGCUUUUCUGUACGGCGAUGUACUUGUCACUGCAGGCACUGGCAAGAUGUCUAGUAGGCAGGAGCGUGAGCUUGGUCUCGAAGGACAACACAGCUAUGUCGUUUUGGAUAUGAGAGAAACUGAUCACGACCGCCUGCUGCUCAUCAAGAAUCCUUGGGUAGAAGGGAAGGGAUGGCGCGGACCUCGCCCUUCAGCUGCUGUCGCUAUGGACUCUUCCAUCUCGAGUGCCAGUGGUGAGACUCAAAAUAGCAUCGAAGCCUACCACAGGAACAGUGUUCCAACAGCAGACCAACCUCACCCUACGACAUUCUGGAUAGGGCUUGAACAGGUGAUUCAACAUUUUGAAAGCUUGUACUUGAACUGGAACCCAGGCCUGUUUCGCUACCGCCAAGACAUACAUUUUGAGUGGAAGGUCGACCUCAAAUCGCCCGAAGGCUGCAUCGUCCAUCAUCCACAGUUUGCUUUUGUUGCAAAGGCGGCUGGCCCUGUUUGGUUCCUCUUGAGUCGGCACUUUCGGGACAGUCCAAACAAUACCAAGGAGGAGUCUGAUAGUUUCAAUGAUGGUAGCGUUCGGCCUGAGACUUCGGCGAGUGCUUCCGGCGAGCUACCAAAAGGAUACAUGAGUAUCUACAUCUGCAACGGCCAUGGAGAGCGUCUGUACAUGAAGGAUACAUACCUCGAAUCAAGCGACUAUGUUACGACUCCCCAGUGCCUACUUCGAUGGGACACAGAUGCCAAUACAACCUAUACUGUAGUCAUUGAUCAGGACGACCUGCCUGCUUCAUUGUACUCCUUCUCCUUGUCCGCAUUCUCCAACGCGGCUAUGGUACUGGAACCUGCAGCGCAGAGAUACCCCAUACAGAAAAUUGAGGAAGGGGCUUGGACUAGGCAAUCUGCAGGUGGAGGCACUGGAUCGGUCGCCAUGUUACUAACGAGUGCCAAUCACGAACAUCCACUUCAUGUCAAACUUGCACUUGGACAUGGGAAGCGCAUCUACCGGCUCCAGAGUCGUGACGUACUUGCAGACUCUGGCAACCAUCGCAGUGGUUGUGUAUUUGCAGAGAUGAAAGAUCUUCAACCAGGCCUCUACACCAUCAUCUGCUCACUCUUUGAAGCCGGGCAGACUGGUGACUUUAGCCUUCGAAUCGACAGCACGAGCGAUGUAGUGCUUAAGCCGAUUCCUCGCGAUGGGGCAGGCCUGUUGUCCAUGAAGCUGUCGCCAGCCUGCUUUGGGGCGAAUGUACACAAAGUGGCGGCACCGUUGCUGCCGCACCGGCUAGCUUCGUACACGAUCAUCGCUAGGUUCCUGAAGGCAACCAGCCCUCGUUCGCUUGACCUGGGUAAGCUUGCACGUAGCCCGCUGCGGCUGAGCGUUGAGAUUGGCCGGGGUCCUGAACGCAAGUUCGUGGUUGCUAGCGAGCGUGGGGAGUAUGCCGACGCGGCUACUGUUCGGUCCGAUAGUGUCAAUAUUGACCCAAGACUGACGAGCCAAGGCGAUAUGUGGCUCGUCCUGGACAGGCUUUCAGGACCUGGGGAACCGGUGGAAGAGUGGUAUGAUGUUGAGAUUUACACAGAUGUACCCCAGGCAUGUUCGAUUGGUGUAUGGCGCGAGUGGAACGAUUGA